UUUAAAAUUUUUUAACCAUUUUUUUUUUUUUUUAUAUCUUGUUUCAAAUUUAACUGGCAUCCUGUACAGAAGUCCUCUUCUCAGAAUUCCUUCUGAUCACCCCCGGACCAACAACCAACCAUGACGGAGUCGUCGGGGACUACGCUGAUGGAUCUGAUAACGUCGGACCCGGCGCCGGCGCCAUCAUCUUCGACUUCUUCUUUAGCGUCAUCUACGGCGGGUUCCGCAUCUGCGUCGAUGGUUUCGCAGCUCCAGCAACCGCAGCAGGUGUCAAGCAAAACCACUUUGGGGGAGAAGAAGUCUAAGAGAGCCAGUUUGAUGCAGUUCCAAAACGACACUAUUUCUGUUGCCAAAGCGGCUCUUAAUCCUGUUAGAACCAAUAUAAUGCCGCAGAAGCAGAAGAAAAAGCCAGUUUCUUAUGCACAACUUGCAAGGAGUAUUCAUGAAUUAGCUGCUACUUCAGAUCAGAAAAGCUCUCAGAAUCAAUUAGUUCAUCAUGUGUUUCCCAAACUUGCCGUCUACAAUUCUGUUGAUCCUUCCUUAGCACCAUCUCUUCUCAUGCUCAAUCAGCAGUGUGAAGAUAGGAGUGUUCUACGCUAUGUCUAUUAUUACUUGGCCAGAAUAUUAUCUGAUACUGGUACUCAAGGUUUAAAUCCAGGUGGUGGGAUUCCCACUCCAAACUGGGAUGCUCUAGCUGACAUUGAUGCUGUUGGAGGGGUGACCAGAGCUGACGUUGUUCCACGAAUUGUGCAUCAACUAACUACAGAGGCAUCAAAUGUGGAUAUUGAAUUUCAUGCACGAAGACUACAGGCCGUGAAGGCUCUUACAUAUGCUCCAUCGAACAACACUGAGAUAUUAUCAAAGUUGUAUGAAAUUGUCUUUGGAAUUCUUGAUAAGGUUGCUGAUGCCCAACAAAAGCGUAAGAAAGGCAUUUUUGGGGCUAAAGGUGGUGAUAAAGAGUCUAUCAUCCGGAGUAAUUUGCAAUAUGCCGCACUAAGUGCUUUGAGAAGGCUUCCUCUUGAUCCAGGAAAUCCUGCUUUUCUGCAUCGUGCAGUCCAAGGGGUUUCAUUUGCUGAUCCUGUUGCUGUGAGGCAUUCUUUGGAAAUUAUCUCUGAGUUGGCCACAAGGGACCCAUAUGCAGUUGCAAUGGCAAUAGGAAAGCUUAUUCUCCCUGGAGGCGCUUUGCAAGAUGUUCUCCAUUUACAUGAUGUACUUGCUAGAGUCUCACUGGCCAGGUUAUGCCAUACAAUAUCUAGAGCUCGAGCUUUAGAUGAGAGGCCUGAUAUUAAAUCUCAGUUCAACUCAGUUCUCUAUCAACUGCUCCUUGAUCCCAGUGAACGAGUCUGCUUUGAGGCAAUCUUAUGCAUACUGGGAAAAUAUGACAACAGCGAGAGGAUGGAAGAACGGGCUGCUGGAUGGUACCGUUUGACCAGGGAGAUUCUUAAGUUGCCGGAAGCCCCAUCUGUGUCAUCAAAGGGUUCUAGUGCUGAAUCAAGCGAUGGACAUCCAGCGAAGGGUUCCAAAGACAAAUCCCAAAAGACAAGGCGUCCGCAAGCCCUUAUUAAACUUGUAAUGAGAAGAUUGGAGAGUUCGUUUCGUAGUUUCUCUAGACCUGUACUUCAUGCAGCAGCAAGAGUCGUACAGGAGAUGGGAAAAAGCCGGGCUGCAGCAUUUGCUUUAGGUUUACAAGAUAUUGAUGAAGGAGCUCAUGUAAAUACAGUUUCAGACUCUUUAGACUCCCUUGAUUCAGAGGCUGACAACUCUCACCCUGAAGGCAUCCGGAGGACCACAUCUGUGUCUAAUGGUACUGGCGGCAAGGAUACAAUUGCAGGUCUGUUAGCUUCGCUAAUGGAAGUAGUUCGAACAACCGUUGCAUGUGAGUGUGUCUAUGUCCGAGCGAUGGUAAUCAAGGCACUGAUAUGGAUGCAAAGUCCACAUGAAUCAUUGGAUGAAUUAAAAUCCAUUAUUGCUUCAGAGCUUUCUGAUCCAGCUUGGCCAGCAACUUUAUUGAAUGAUAUUUUGCUCACUUUACAUGCUCGUUUUAAGGCUUCUCCAGACAUGGCUGUCACCCUUCUUGAAAUUGCAAGAAUAUUUGCUACUAAAGUUCCUGGGAAAAUUGAUGCUGAUGUGUUACAACUACUAUGGAAGACAUGUCUUGUUGGAGCUGGUCCUGAUGGCAAACACACAGCUUUGGAAGCAGUGACUAUUGUUCUUGACCUACCACCGCCUCAACCUGGGUCAAUGUCGGCACUUACAUCCAUAGAUCGAGUUGCUGCAUCUGAUCCAAAGUCAGCUCUGGCAUUAGAGAAAUUAGUGCAAGCUGCAGUGUGGUUCCUUGGAGAAAAUGCAAAUUAUGCUGCCUCAGAAUAUGCAUGGGAAUCAGCAACCCCACCAGGUACUGCAUUAAUGAUGUUGGAUGCAGAUAAAAUGGUUGCUGCUGCCAGUUCCCGUAACCCCACUCUAGCGGGUGCAUUGACUCGACUCCAAAGUAAUUCAAGUAGGAAGGUUGAAGCAAGGAGAAGGGAAGUAUUGGUGAUGGAUAUAGUACGCAUAGUCGCUGUUCAAGCUCUUACAACAAUGGCAAUCAGGUCUGGCGAGCCUUUUAGGCUACAGAUCUAUGAAUUCUUACAUGCCUUAGCACAGGGUGGCGUGCAGUCUCAAUUAUCAGAAAUGCAUCUCAGCAACGGAGAAGAUCAAGGUGCUAGUGGUACAGGGCUUGGAGUCUUAAUAACUCCCAUGUUGAAGGUUCUUGAUGAAAUGUAUGCAGCCCAAGAUGACCUGAUCAAGGAAAUACGCAACCAUGAUAAUGCAAAAAAAGAAUGGACAGAUGAAGAGCUUAAGAAACUCUAUGAAACACAUGAGAGAUUGCUAGAUCUGGUCUCCCUCUUUUGUUUUGUUCCAAGAGCAAAAUAUUUACCUCUAGGGCCAAUAAGUGCAAAGCUUAUUGAUAUCUACCGCACACGGCACAACAUCAGUGCAUCUUCUGGUUUGAGUGAUCCAGCUGUUGCCACUGGAAUUUCUGAACUUAUUUAUGAAUCUAAACCUGCCCCUGCUGAGUCUGAUACACUGGAUGAUGACCUAGUAAACGCUUGGGCUGCAAGCCUUGCUGAUGAUGGCUUGCUGGGAAGCAAUGCACCAGCAAUGAGUCGGGUUAAUGAAUUCUUAGCUGGUGCGGGGACUGAUGCUCCUGAUGUGGAUGAGGAGAACAUAAUCUCGAGGCCUUCAGUUAGCUAUGAUGAUAUGUGGGCAAAGACACUUCUAGAGAGCUCAGAGUUGGGGGAAGAUGAUGUGAGAUCAUCAGGGUCUUCUUCUCCUGAUUCUACGGGAUCAGUUGAAACAUCUAUAUCAUCCCACUUUGGUGGUAUGAACUACCCAUCAUUAUUUAGUUCACGCCCAACCACUUAUGGCUCUUCACAAACCUCGGAAAAAUCAGGUGGAACCAGACAUUCCUCUAGUUCCAUUUAUGGGGGUAUUGGUUCUCCGAUUAGAGAAGAACCUCUGCCGUACACAUCUCCUAUCAGGCAAACGUACGAGUCAUUUGAUAAUCCCCUAUCAGGGCAUGGGUCCCAGAGUUUUGAAUCCCAUGAUGAUGAACGAGUUUCUUCUGGGAAUCCACAAUUUGGAACAGCACUGUAUGAUUUCACUGCAGGAGGAGAUGAUGAGUUAAAUUUAACAUCUGGAGAAGAGGUUGAAAUUGCGUACGAAGUGGAUGGAUGGUUUUAUGUGAAGAAGAAGCGCCCAGGAAGAGAUGGUAAAAUGGCUGGUCUAGUUCCUGUCUUGUAUGUGAGUCAAUCUUGAGAUGGAUGUAGUCAAGGAGAUUGACAUAUUUUGGCUUUUGCUUCUGGUGGAUCCUUCUUCAAAGGGUUAUAUGGUUUGUUUUCCAGGAAUAUAUAAUUUACAUUCAUCAUCCAUAAGUAGGAGAUUAAAGGAAUCAGCCUGCGAAUGAAAAUUUAUAUUGUUUGUAUCUUAGAGAGUUGUAAUGUUCCCAAAUUUUUUUUAAAAAAAAAUUCAAUUUUUGGGGUAAUAUUUCAGUCAUGUGGGAUGCAGUUGUAACUUGUAGGAGAUUAGUUUUUCCAGCAACAUUUGAGAGAGAGGUGUUUGAUACUUCUGGGGCUUUUUAUCCCCUCCUUUAUUUGAUUGCUGAGUAGCCAAUGUAUUACCAUUGUUUUUUGUAUUGUGUAAGUAGCACAUGAAUAAUGAAUCUAUUUUCAAAUUGGAAAAGUAAUGCUAA